UCCCCCUCACUCCACUAUAAGAGGAGACAGGAUGGAGGCAGAGAGGCACAUCACUUCCAGAACUCUUCCUCUGAGAAACACACACAGCUCUCCCACCAGACAACCACAAUGAUGAAGAUGCUGCUCGGCCGCUCUCUCUGCCUGCUCCUGCUGCUCAGCUGUCUGAGUGAACUUGUGGAGAGCCGAACCCUGAUCCUGAACACCUGCUCUGUCAGUGUUCACACACACGAGCUGCGCACAUAUUACACUAAAAUACGAUCAGAUGUGAUAGAAACAGACAGUGAGAUCGCAGUGAAACUUCUGGACAAAUCGAUGAUUAAGCAAGUUCAGGACGGUCAGAAGUGCUGCUUCCUGCGUCUUGUGCUGCGUUUCUACGUCGAGAGAGUGUUCAGCAACUACGCCUCUUCUCAGCCACAGCAGCAACGUUGCUCCAGCGCUCUGGCAAACUCUUUUGUCAGCAUCAGAAGAGAGAUGAAUAAAUGUCAUUGCCAAUGUGGAGAGGACACACAGAGAAAAAUUGACUCCGUGCAUGCUGAGUUUAUCAAGCUAGAGAUAAACCUGGCGGCACAGAAGGCUGUGGCAGAACUGGACACUGUUCUGGAGUGGCUGGAGGGACUCUAA